CACUCACGGUCCUUCCUUCGUGCUUCGAGCAAAUAUAAAUAUUGGGCAACGGGCUGAGUAAAGUAUAACGAAACAGUUUGCUGAGCUGAACACAUCUCAACAUGAAGAUGAUCGCUGGUGUUGUAUUCGCUCUGGCGUCCGCUACGGCGGUGCAGGUUGGCUUUGCGCCUGCAGCUACUAGCUACAUCUACAGAAGCGACAACGGCGGCCCUGGGAACCUCGUCCAGCUGGGACCGCAUGGCUACGAGCAGCCACAGCUCUACGCACCCUUACCUCUUCAACAACCAAUCAAAGCCCUCGAGGCAUACGACCUUGUGCCGGCGCCUUUACCCUACAUCGCCGCUAAACCUAUUGCGGUUAUAGACGCAGAAGAUGACGAAGGUUCCGACGAGGAAUCAGCUGAGUACAACGGAGGACAUGGACUCGGGUACGAGAAAGGAGCCGGCAGCGAUUAUGGCGAGGAACAUCACGCCGUACACGGUGAGAAGGGCAGCAAAGGCUUCAACACUAAAGGUCACCACGAGAAGGGACAAUCCGGCAGCUACGGCAAGGAGCACGGUGAAGGUUUCUACGAAGAAGGUGAUGGUAAGAAGAAAGCCUUCCAUGACGAGGCCGGCGCUCACGGCAAGCAUUACGAAGCGGGAAAAGGUUACAAGGGGGGAGAUCACGGACACAAGAAGCACUUCAGCAAGGGCGAGGAGGUGACCGGCUACCACAAGGUGUUCAACAAGGAUGAAUUCAAGAAGGACCACGACUUCUAUGACGUAGCAGACAAGAGCGGACACUUCAAGAAGCACGGCUACGAAAACAAGCACCACGGAUCCGAGGCGAGCGGUCACAAGAAGGGUGGACAGGGUGAGUCAGGCUACGACAAGGGUGAUUUUGGAAAAGGUGGAUAUUAUGCUAAGGGUCAUGUUGACGAUGAUCAUGAGGGUCACUCUGCUGAGGAAGGUGAUGAGAGCCAUUACGAGCACGGCGAGGACUAUGGCAAGAAGGGCGGCAGUGCUCACGAGAAGGAAUACGCGUAUGGUGACCAUGGAGACGAUGACGACGACGACAAGGAAUGAACGAUUAAUGUCUAACACUUGUAAAUAUCUGUUAACUAUUUAUUUCAAUUAAUUUUGUUAUGUUUGAUAUACGAAAGCUGGUUUUUUACAGUGCAUGAAUAUACGAUUUAC